GGCCCCAGCGGCGCUGGCGGCUAUAAACAUCUAAUGAAAGAAGAUGAUAGAAAGACAGUUAUAUGUAUCGAGGGGAACAUUGCAAGUGGAAAAACAACAUGCCUGGAUUACUUUGCACAGACCACCAGCAUUGAGGUUUUGACAGAACCAGUGGCUAAGUGGAGGAACGUCCGUGGUCAUAACAUCCUGGGCUUAAUGUACCAUGAUGCAUCAAGAUGGGGGAUAACCCUGCAGACUUACAUCCAGCUUACAAUGCUGGAGCAGCAUACCAAGCCAAUGAUUUCCCCUGUGAGAAUGAUGGAGAGAUCAAUCCACAGUGCAAAGUACAUUUUUGUAGAGAACCUGUACCGCAGUGGGAAAAUGCCAGAGGUGGAUUAUGUUGUCCUGAGUGAAUGGUUUGACUGGAUCCAGAAGAACAUUGAUGUUUCAGUUGAUUUGAUAGUUUAUCUGCAGACUUCUCCUGAAGUUUGUUACGAGAGGUUAAAGAGAAGAUGCAGAGAAGAGGAAAAGAUCAUUCCUCUGGAGUAUUUAGAAGCUAUCCAUCAGCUCUAUGAGGAGUGGCUCAUCAAACACACCCUGUUUGAAGUUUCCUGCCCAGUGCUUGUCAUUGGAGCUGACCAUGACAUGCAGAAAAUGAUAGAGAAGUAUGAAGAAAGCCGGGACCAAAUCCUGAACCCAUCGAACAGACACCACCAGUUAUAGGAGUCUGCCACUGCUGCAUUUUAAAACACAUCAAGUCUGAUUUGGGGGCAAUUUGGGGUAUUUUUAAUUUUUCUAAAUAUUAGU